AUGGAGACUCGACGAAGAGUCGGCGGCGGGAAUGAGAACGACGUCGACGCAGCGACAGAUGGGAGAGGAGAUGUUGACGGGGCGAGCGAUGGGGAGGGGAAGCCCGGGCGACGGGCGGGGGAAGCGAAGGCGACGGGCGGAGGAAGCGAAGGCGACGGGCGGGGUAAGCGAAGGCGACGGGCGGGGCAAGCGAUGGGACGGGCGGGGGAAAGCGAGGGCGACGGGCGGAGGAAGCGAGGGCGACGGGCGGGGGGGCGGCGAGAGCGACGGGCGAGAUUACUCAACGUCGAGCACAUCACCGAGUACAACAAGCCCAUGCUUUACCUGGUCUUCGAGUACCUGGACACCGAUCUCAAGAAGUACAUGGAUGCGAUUGGCAAGGGCCCAAGCCACCCGCUGGACCCCAAGAUUUUGAAGAACUUCAUGUAUCAACUCCUCAUAGGAGUUGCUCACUGCCAUAGCCAUGGAGUUAUGCACAGAGACCUUAAACCGCAGAACCUUCUUGUCGACAAAGAUCGGGGCUUGGUGAAAAUCGCUGAUCUUGGAUUGGGCCGCGCAUUCACUGUUCCUAUCAAGAGCUACACACACGAGAUUGUAACUCUGUGGUAUCGAGCUCCGGAGGUACUUCUUGGCGCAACCCACUAUUCCACGGCUGUGGAUAUGUGGUCGGUUGGAUGCAUAUUUGAUUCGGAGUUGGAGCAGCUGCUCCGCAUCUUCGAGAUUCUUGGAACUCCCAACGACAAAAUCUGGCCUGGUGUCUCCGAUCACCGUGACUGGCAUGAGUUCCCCCAGUGGAGUGCCCAGAGCCUUGCUCGGUUUGUGCCAGAGUUGGACAAGAACGGUGUUGAUCUAUUGAAGGUACAGUAG